AUGGCUAUUGAGGGAAUGCAACUGGUAUUCCGAUAUGGGGGAUCAUUUGAGACGAAUGCAGAUGAAGGACAUGUUAUUUAUAAAGGAGGAAAAUUGAAGGUCACCAAAUAUAAUGGGAAUAGUUCCGUGGAGGAACUAAAAAAAAUUGUUGCUUCGUCUUACACUAUAUCUUUUGUCAAUAGUCGGCAUAACGCUUUACCUGAGCAAGAUCAAGACAUUCAAGUGGCGCUUAACCCUGAGCUCGUACUAGAGUGUGAUAUGGAGUAUAUUGAACCACUAGAGAGUUCAUGUAGAGGAGUUGGUAAUGAGGCUGCCGGUAAAGCGACCAUUGGUGGGUUUGAAAAAAUAAUGUUUGAUAUACAGUGUGCUGACCCAAAAGCAUAUAAGUGGAUUAAGAAUAUUGUCCCCAAAUUUUGGGCAGAUGCCUCCUUUCCAGGGUUUAGAUACAAUCAUCUUACCUCAAACAUGGCCGAGUCUUUUAAUGCUUGGAUUUUAUCUGCUCGAGAAAAGCCGAUCAUUACAAUGUGUGAAGAAAUAAGGGUACAGUUGAUCAAGUUUGAAGAGAAGAGGGAGUUAGGUAAUACUUUGAGCAGCAUGCUAGUACCGAAGGCCCAAGAAUUACUUGACUUGCAAAAGAUGAAGGCUCAAUUUUUUCACACAGUUAUAUCCACCAUGGACACGCAGUUUGAGAUCCACUAUCUUGGAAAGAAGCACGCUGUCGAUUUAACACAUUGGACAUGCAGUUGUAGAAAAUGGCAACUCAGUGGCAUUCUAUGUGCCCAUGUCAAUGCAGCCAUUAACCAUAUGUAUUUGGAUCCCACUGUGUACUGCCUUAGGUAUUUCACAGUGGAAUACUUUAAAAGGGCCUUUGAAGCUCCCUUUGCGCCUGUCCCAGACGUUCUUGAGUUGACAGAUGUUGUACAACAAAAAAUGUCACUGCGAACAUCCAGAGAGUCUAUGGCUGUUCCCAGAUUCCACUUCUAUCCAAGUGUAAGUGCGUCUGCUAACAUGACUGUAGAUGCCUGA